CAAUGACUGUCUGAACGGCAUGCCACAUGCAAUGUUGAUACAGACCCUGGUAGUAAGAUGGUAGUAAGAUGUCAUUGGCCCUCAACAGGUUAAAAAGCGCGCCUGUGAAUCAUGUUUGGGGUGUUGUAGUGACGCUACUAGCAUAAAAAGGAGGAGGAAACAAUGAUGCUUAACCUAAACUGAUAAAGCGUAACAGAUAAUCGUACCUAAACAGUUUAGCGGUCUGCGUUCAAUACAGAGUGUUGUGUGUUUAGAGUUGAGCACCCCAUCUUUCUGUUCGGAGACGCUUGAUUUUAAAAUAAUAAUAAUCGAACAUUCCGUAUAUCAUCAGCGUAAGCAAUGUCCAAUUUAAAAAAACGAAAUUCGAAUUCGUCUGUGGACCGGGCAGAGGAUAGCCAGGCAAUUGAAAAGAUGCAGGGUUCUGUCGGCGGCAAAAGCGGGGACACGGGAAGCCCAGACAAAGCUACCAGCGAGGGAGAUGGAGUCGCCCUAAAAAGAACCAUAACACUUGUCAAUGGCGUUGCCAUAAUUGUCGGUACCAUCAUCGGUUCUGGGAUCUUCGUAACCCCUACGGGGGUGAUCAAGGAAGCCGGCUCUGUAGGGUUAGCUCUUAUCAUCUGGGCUGUCUGUGGAGUCUUUUCCACUAUCGGUGCGUUGUGCUAUGCUGAACUAGGAACAACCAUCUCUAAAUCCGGCGGUGAUUAUGCUUACAUUCUGGAGGUCUACGGGUCCUUGCCAGCUUUCCUAAAGCUGUGGAUCGAGCUGCUCAUUAUCCGCCCCUCUUCGCAGUACAUCGUGGCUUUCGUGUUUGCCACCUACCUCCUCAAACCCAUCUUCCCGGACUGUCCGGUACCAGAUUCUGGAGCCAAACUCGUGGCUUGUCUCUGUAUAUUGGUCCUGACAGCAGUGAACUGUUACAGUGUGAAGGCAGCUACCCGUGUUCAGGAUGCCUUCGCCGCGGCCAAACUGUUCGCCCUCGGGAUCAUCAUCAUUAUCGGCUUUGUUCAGAUUGGCAAAGGUGAUACUGAAUACCUUUUACCGGAGAACGCCUUCAAAGACACCAACACUGACAUUGGGAAGAUCGGCCUGGCUCUCUACAGUGGACUCUUUGCUUACGGAGGCUGGAAUUACUUGAACUUUGUCACAGAAGAAAUGAUUGAACCUUUCAAAAACCUUCCCCGUGCCAUCAUCAUCUCCCUGCCGAUAGUGACCCUGGUCUACGUGCUCACCAACCUGGCCUACUUCACUACCCUCAGCCCUCAGAAAAUGCUCACUUCAGAGGCUGUUGCUGUGGACUUUGGUAACUAUCACCUGGGAGUCAUGGCCUGGAUCAUCCCUGUGUUUGUGGGUCUGUCCUGUUUCGGCUCUGUGAACGGUUCUCUCUUCACCUCCUCCAGGUUGUUCUUUGUUGGUUCACGAGAGGGACAUCUGCCCAGCCUUUUGUCCAUGAUCCACCCUACCCUGCUCACUCCACUGCCCUCCCUGAUAUUUACAUGUAUAAUGACUCUCCUGUACGCCUUCUCCAAUGACAUCUUCUCAGUCAUCAACUUCUUCAGCUUCUUCAACUGGCUGUGCAUCGCCAUGGCGAUCAUCGGGAUGAUGUGGCUGAGAUACAAGAAGCCGGAGCUGGAGAGACCCAUCAAGGUCAAUAUCCUGCUGCCGAUCUCCUUCGUCCUGGCUUGUGUGUUCCUGAUCAUCGUGUCCAUUUGCAUGACUCCGGUGGAGUGUGCCAUUGGCUUUGCCAUCAUCCUCUCUGGGGUUCCUGUUUACUAUUUCGGAGUGUGGUGGACAAACAAGCCCAAGUGGGUGCUUCAAGUCAUCUUUUCUUCAACCGCUUUAUGCCAGAAAGUCUUGGAGGUGGUGCCUCAGCAAUCCUGAGGUGGAGCAGCUGUCCUUUCGGCCCUGCGCACAACGACUUUCCUGCUACCCACACUUAUGAAGUGAACACUGGAAACUGGCAAGCAACCAUGGAACCACCCGCUGCUGCUGCGUACCUCAAACUGAAUAGGGCAUAUGAAUUGUGUAAAGGAGGGGGUGCAGCUGAGACUGAGGAGGGGGAGGGAAGGUGGGCUAUUUUAAUUUGGUUACAAAAGAGUUUUUAUGUGUAGCAUAUUUUCUGCUGUGCUUUUAGAUGGCAAAUAGUUUACCUCCCAUUCUUUUUUUAUUUAUUUUUUAACUUUUGUUGCGAAGUUAUAUGAUCCUGCUUUGAUAUCUCUGACUUCAAAAACAUCCAAUAUAAUAUAUUUUCUAAAAAAAAACAGCAGUAUAAUACGCAUACCUUUUUAACAGGCCAGUGCAGGCAUGCUUUUCACAAAGCGGAGACACAGUAUAUUAACCUGAGCUACAGUUGUCUUGUCUUUGUGUAAGAUGCUGGACAUCUAGUCUGCUUCAGUUUCAAAGACAAAUACUUGAAUAUUACGUUUCAACCUCGCUGGUAGGAACAGUCACAAAAGAGCUUGGAUAUAGAGGAGAUAUCUUCAGUAAACCCUGGAAGAGCAUAACGUGUAUAGGCUGUCAAACAGCCCUGCAGUGCUCUUUAAUAUUGAGGUAUGGUUUUUGUAUCCAUUCAAUUCAUUCACAGUUUUAUGUACAGUUAUGGCCAACUGUUUUGUAUCACCCUAUAGAAUUAACCAAUUUUGCUUCAUAAAUUCAGAAGAAACCUGUUGAAUAAUGUUCUGUUAACAUAUUGAAUUAUGUUAACAGAACAUUAAUACUAACCCUUUCCAUAUACUUAUUGAAAAACUGACAAAUUGAAAAAUGUGACAUUUUCUAAAUCUAACAUGAAAUACUGUACUACUACGGUGGCUUCUGGUAGACUUUUGUGAUAUCAUUUUUAUAAUUUCUUGAUUUACAUGAUGUUAAAUAAAAUAUCAAAAUUAUGUUGAACUUUUUUUUUUAAUAUUCUGUCUCAAUCCUAAAAUGGAUUGACACAUAAUAAAAUAUAGCAGUAGUAUAAAACAGGAACUAGCACUGAAAUGUUUAAUCACAAUUUGAUCAUUAAUUUUGCAGAUCUGUGCAACCAUGUAAGAAAUGGCACUUGUGUGCAGGGUUUAGAAACACUGAAGCUUAAAUCCUGUACAGCUUUGAUUACCCAUACUGAAUAAGCAACUAAAGAAUCUGGCAAACUGAACCUUUUUUAAGCUUGUGUUUUAAUCCAGUAUUUUAACCGUCUGGACCCCUGGUUCACAAAGUAAAAUUAAAUGUUCGUAGACUUUUCUCAAAGAACACCUUUAAAAGGGUAACGUUUCUAGUGCUAGUAAGAAAUUUGAUUUUAAAGCCUUGACUAUCGCUCCUUUAACAGCUUGGGAAAUUUAUGCUGAAAACAUUCUGCAAAUAGUACAAAGUAUAGCUUGUUGCCAUUUGUAGCACUGCCUAACACCAGUCUUACUGUGUGCAAAAUGCCAUUUAGAAUUUCUUUUAAUGCAAAGUAUUAAACCAAAUGACAUUGUUUGCAUAGCAACUAUGGCUCCUGUUAAGGGCUUAGGGGCCUGGUGUUUUAGUAGAGAUUUAGGCAAAUUGUAAUUGCUGCAAGCUAUUACGAUACACGUUACAGUCCACUGCAGAUGGAAGGAGCCCCUUCAAUCUGCACUCUAAUGCUUUUAAGACAAGGUUUUGGGGAGUGUGAACAGGAUAGUUUGUGGUGACGUCAGGCCAGGAAGUAGACAGACAACAGUUUUGUGAGUGAAGGCGCUGCUGUGAUUUAUUGUGAAAUAAAUUAUUUAAACAGACAAAACACUUUCCAAAAGAAAACGGCAUGGUGGCCAAAACAGACAGACAAAACACAAAACAAAGCAAACACUAAGUCGAACAAGUACCGUGCUGGUUUAAAGCCAGCACGAGUAGCAAUUGUUUAUAUUUCUUUAGGUCUUACUGUCUCGCUCUCUCGUUCUACCUCUGAACACCCAACCCCGAGUGAUUCGUGCCUCUAUAUACAGCUGUGCCGGGACUCAAUUGCUGAUUUAAUCAUUCACUUGAAUCCUGGCACGUGAACUCAUUUGUGCAAUCCCUGUGCCCACAUACUAGUACACAUUUUAUCUGCCUGUGAAGUGAUUGUGCAAUCCCUGUGCCUAAAUUCAAAUAUACAUUCUAAAUCACUCAUGCUACAUAGCCCAAUUUAUACCCCGUGCACGAAUACAUACACACCACAUACAACCUAAAACACAAAAUAAGCAUAGGGACGGGACUCUCUGCCACAGGGAGUCAUGAAAUGUUAAUGUUUUCCGGAAUGAGAGAUUUUAGUAUUUGAGAUGGGUUCAGAUUCUCCCUUCUUUUAAAAGCUGAUAACUGUAACUUUUACACAUGAAUUUAAUAUUAUAUACAUGCUUUUGACAGAUUGUACUGUUGAAACAGAACUCUCCCAGCAUAGACAGAAACCUUUUGGGAAGACCUGGAUGAAUUAAUCUAGUGUUGUGUUUCCUAGUUGAUAAUUUUACUAAGAUAAAUAGGCCACUUGCCUAUUUAUUUUAGGGAAUGUAUUGUAACUGGUCUGAAUUGAUUUGUAAAUUAGAUGGCAAUUUAGUUUCAGAACUGAGCAAGGACAUUCAGGUUUGGUCAUAAGGUGGAGAGAUUCCUGUUCUAGUCACUUAUCUUCGCUAUGUAAAAUGUAUUAAACAAAUUGUAGUUGUAUUAGUAAUGUUUUGUUCACUUUUUUCUUUUCUUUUGGCAACACUGCAUCAAAGGCUGUGUUUUGAAAGCACUGAUAAUCAAGGUUUUAAAAUACAAGUUCUAAACAUCAUCUUUUUUACAUACUAUUUUUUUUUUUUUUUUAAUUGUUUACAAGCACUACAUCUUGUGUCUUUAGAAAAUGUACCCUGCUACAUCCUGUACUGAUGGAGUAUACAAGCGGAAAAAUAAAAAGGGGACCAAUUAUGAUACAUGGAAUACUAAUAGGAAGCAAGAUGUUGAUUUCAAAGCCCUGAUUAAAAGUUGGUUACGAUAGCCUUCCAGCCUGUAAAAAGUAAUCUAGUCCUAAUGGAUUGUUGAGAACAUCCAACUAAAAUUGUGGUUUUGUGAAAUGCGUUUUGUAGUUCCUGUACAAUGUUCUUGCGCUCAGCCAGUGAUGCCUAAGAAAAGUUUAAAAUAGUUUGUUUUGUCAUUUUAAAAGUAUUGUGGUAGAUACUAACUUUAUAUACGUAUACAAUCUAGUCCUAAUGGAUUGUUGAGAACAUCCAACUAAAAUUGUGGUUUUGUGAAAUGCGUUUUGUAGUUCCUGUACAAUGUUCUUGCGCUCAGCCAGUGAUGCCUAAGAAAAGUUUAAAAUAGUUUGUUUUGUCAUUUUAAAAGUAUUGUGGUAGAUACUAACUUUAUAUACGUAUACAAUAUGUAAGUAAAGUGUUGUGUGUGUUUUUUUUUUUUUUAAACUUGUACAGAGAUUUGAAGUCCUCAACAUCACAGAUGCUAAACAAAUACGAAGAAGUUCAAAUCCCUUUGUUAGUGAAGGGCAUGCCUACACAUGCCCUUCAGUUAAUCUUUUCCUGCUAGCCCUGCCAGUUCUCUGAUAUUCAAAUAAAACCACAGAACCUAAAAUAAGUGAGAAGAUCAUAAGGGGAUAUCCUUUCAAAGGAUUGGUUGAAUACGAGAACAAGAUUAGAGAAACUCUAACCUAGCAAUUGUUUUCUAAAGUAUUCUAACAGUAGCCUCGGUAAGAAUCGCUGGCGCUCAGAGCGCUUGGUGCCACCUUGCUCUAGACUCCUUUCUUAACAAAAGCUUCUUACUGCUGCCACUAGUAAGAAAAUGUUCCAUAAUGUGAGUUCACACAAUAAGAGGAGCACAGAAUGGAGUUUUUCUGAACUUGAGUUCCUCUGAAAGGACAAGCAUGUCACGUUGCAAGCAGUGAAGCUCGUACUUUGACUGAAAACACAGUACUGGUCUUGGGUCCUUAUUCACAAAUCUUUUCACUCGUGAUUUAUUUACUGAAUUUGUAAACAUUUUCUAAGGUAAGAGGGUUCUGAAGCAUACCCCUCAGGUUGUAGGUGAAAUGAGUUUUAACCUAGUGGACGUAGGAGUAAUCCACAAUACAAACACCCCCUAAUUUGGCAUAAUUGGUAGACUGCGUCUAGCUGAGUGAUAGGGGUGCUCUCUCUCUCUCUCUCUCUCUCUUUCUCAGAGCUGUGAGGGGAAGCGCUCUCCUGAAUGCUGAGCAGAAAAGUAACUUGAGUAGCAUCUAAAAGUUUAAUUUACAAUGGGGGAUAGCAGCGCUGUGUAAACCUUUAUCUCAUUCAGCUGGUUGGUUAUUCAUGAUCACGCUUGGGCCUAUGUACUGAUGAAGCUAAAGAAGAUAAGCACUAGGUUGCUGUUUCUGUAGACUCCUCCAGAGAAUGUUUACAGUCUUGUCUCUGUACUGUAUUCUGGACUGGCCACAUGGAAUAUUUCACUGAAUAGGACAUGUUUUUAGGCAAGGCAUAAUAGUCAUAUUAAAACAAACCUCUUUGAGUAAUAAAAAAAAAAGUAUGUGUUAUUGACAGAAAAGGUAGCACUUGCCGUACACUUCAGUAUAUCAAUCUGAAAUAAGCUUCCAUUUGUGGUGCAAUACAUUUUCUAUCUAAAUCAGAGGGAUCCCUGUCUUCUAGUUUCUCUUCACUGUAGCCUUGCAGAGCAGAUUUUAAUGAUGGGGGCUGGCAAUGCUGCUUCCCUUACCUGUAGUGGAAUUGGUGUUUUGUGAAAAUGUUUGUGCGUCUUAAAUGGUAAAUAUUGUUCCAUGUGAAGUCUUCAUACAGUGUUCAUUUUCCUAAUUAAUGUUACAUUGAAGCUUUGUGCUUUGGCAUGCUAGUACAUUGUACACUAUACAAGAUAGGAAGGGUGAACUAUUGUACCUCUUGACAAUCUGAAAUGUCGAAGUUGCUAAUUGAGGGCACAUCUUGUGGGACCUUCAUGAGCCCUUCUCUUCUCAUGUUUACAUUGAAUCACCAUUUUGACUUGUUUAAUCCAUUUUGAAUCGCAGUCAACUCCCCAUCUGGGUUGUUAAGCUAGACUUCUGUUUAGGGACCUCUAAAAACUUUAAAAGGACCACUCCAUAACUGAGACUGCACUGAAUUGUGGGAUACUGUAUCCAGUGUACCUGUGGUUGCACUGGGAUUGGCUACUUUACCUGUAUUUGUGAUCAUGUGGCCCCCACAUGUUUUUACCAUGGCAUCCUAUUUUUAUGCUGUCAUAUUAAAUUGUAAAAAAAAAAAAAAAAAGAAACUAUGUACACUGAAAGUCAUUAAAAUGACCAAAAAUUACUCUCUUGUGACAUUUCUCAUUACUUUUGUCAAAUAUGUCUGAAAAGUUGACUACUUUUUUUCUCUCUCCUGGAAACAAAUUAAAUAAAAAAAAUACUUGUCUUGUUUCA